AUUUUCUCUUCCCCACUCUUCGAUCUUCAUGUGUUGUACCCUGUAUUGAUUCGUUGUUGAUUGAUUCAUUGUUGUUUGAUGCUGAAUCUUGCAUUCUCAAUCACUCUGUGUUUUCAUUCUCAUUCCAUACACAAAAACAUUGAAAUUUUUUGAAGGGUCAAUAUGGGUUUUCCUGAAUUUGAUUCUCACUGAUUUGAUCAACAAACUUUUGGGUUUCUGGGUUUUGUACUCUCUCUCUCUCUCUCUCUCUCUCUCUCUGUGCAUUUGGUUUGAGACUGUGAUCUUGGAAGAGAGAGGGAGAGAGAGAGAGAGAGAGAGAGUAGCAGAGGGCAUGAUUGUCUUUUCGCUGUAGACUGAUUUUCUCCCAAGUUUGAGUCCAAGCCCUAAUUUUAUUUUUCCUCUCUAAGCCUGGUCAACAAAGAAACAGUUUCUCAGCUAAUGAUAUCCAAAUGACCAUGGAUACAGUUCAGCGGCCCUAAUUACUUGUCAGCACAGGAAAGGAAUCUAUGGAGAUUGACAAUCCUAUUGAAAGUAACGGAAGCACCGCUGGAGUAAAGGAAAAUGGGCUUCGUCUUUAUCCGGUGUCUGCAACUGAUUCAGGUGAAGGUUUGCCAUAUGCUCCUGAAGAUUGGCCAAAUCCUGGUGAUGUGUGGAGUUGGAAGGUGGGGAAGAGGGUCGCACAUUCUGGCUGCUUUUUGGAUAGAUACUUGUAUCUUCCCAAGCGUCUUCAAGAGCCCAUGCGUAAGAGAGGUGGUUUUGCGAGUAAGCUUUCAGUUGAACAUUUCGUCCGGGCAUCAUUCCCUGGUGCUGAUGUUGAUGCAUUUUUUGCCUCAUUCAGUUGGAAGAUUCCUGCAAAAAAGUUACAUGUGAACAAAGGCAGUGAAGAGGAGCUUAAUGCUGUCAUUACGCUUCUUCCUGAAGAGAUAUCUGAACAGUUGGGGUCUGAUUCUCAGUUUGGGGCUGUGGGUUGUAAGGCUGGUAACAAAAUAUGCAACAGUUUAGUAGAAACAAGAGAUUCUGCCUUGGAACCCAUGGCUUGCGAUAUUUGCUGCAGCGAACCCAGUUUCUGUCGAGAUUGUUGUUGUAUUCUUUGUUGUAAGACUAUUAAUUCGUCCUAUGGAGGCUACAGUUUCAUUAAAUGUGAAGCUAUGGUAGGUUACAACAUUAUUUGUGGCCAUGUCGCUCACAUAGACUGUGCUCUUCGAUCAUACAUGGCUGGGACAGUUGGAGGUAGCAUUGGUCUUGAUGCUGAGUACUAUUGUCGGCGCUGUGAUAUGAGGACAGAUCUUGUUCCACAUGUUACAAAAAUUUUUCGUACCUGUGAAUCUAUUGAUUCUCGAGAUGACAUUGAGAAGAUUCUAAAUGUUGGCAGUUGUGUUUUGCGUGGCUCACAGAAAACUAGUGCAAAGAGUUUGUUGCUUCGUAUUGAAAUGGCCAUGGCAAAGCUUAAGAGUGGGACUUACCUUGAAAAUAUUUGGAAAACAGAAGACAUAUCGGCAGUUACGGCAGGAGGGCUGUCUGAUCGUGGGCAUAAUGCGCUGGAAGUCACAAAUCGCAGGGAAUCUCUAGAAUUUGGAAUAGGCUCACCUCAAAUUUUAUCUACAAACUUUGACCCCCGGAUCGAAUCUCUAAAACUCGAGGAUGAGAUUGAUCGGGUUCUUCAUUCUCUGAGAAAGGCACAAGAGUCUGAAUAUAAAAUUGCAGAGGAAAGGCUUUGUGCUCAAAAGAACUAUAUUCUAAACCUGUAUCAACAGCUCGACAAAGAGAGGUUCGAACAUUCAACGCACUCAUCAUCAAAUGACCCAGAUGCCUUGCUUGAGGCUACCCGUAACAGGGAGGAUCGGAUAAAAUGGGAAAUUAUAAAAUUGAGGGAAAUGGAAGAAGUGGGCAAGGGGUUUGGAAAGACUUCCAAAAAUAUAUUAAAGGAACAUUUUGGAUUACAAACCGAACAUUGACGUCAUUUUCAGGCGUUUACUGGGUUGUAUGCAACAACUGUUGUGUCAAAUUUUGUUGUUGAGUUCUUAUUCCUUGAAGUAUUCGCAUGUAAUUUCACACAAUCAGCCUUGGGCAGUGGUCCAAGAUUGCCAUAUAUAUAGGACUAUCAUGUGGUUUGCUUGUGCGCAGGGUUCAAACAGUGGUUUCAACCUCCAAGUCAGAAGGCAGCUCUAUUUCAAGUGCAUGGUCCUCUACUAAUCGUUCACUGUCUGGUAAUUCCAACUUGUUGCCUUUACUUGUUAUUUGUUGUAGCCUGCCUGCUGAGUCAGGAAUGUUGGGCUGGAAUAGUAUUUUCACAGAGAAUUUUUUCCAAAAUUUGUAGACUUAUGUUAGAAUGUACCAUCUCUGUAUACA